AUGUUUGGGUAUCUUCCAAAUCCCAAAAAGUCAUGGUUGCUAGUGAAAUCAGGAAAUAUUGACAAAGCUACACAUCUCUUUGAAAAUACCAAUAUCAACAUUACUACAGAAGGACAAAAGUACCUUGGAGCUGCUAUUGGAAACAAAGAUUUCUGCAAUAACUUCCUGCAAGAAAAGGUGACCAAUUGGAAGUUACAAGUAGAGCGACUCAGUUGCAUUGCCCAAACUCAACCACAAGCUGCUCACUCGAUAUUCACACGGGGUCUGAUUGGACGCUGGAAAUUUGCACUCAGAACCAAUGAAAACUUUGCAGCGUACCUUAAUCCUCUGGAGGAGGCGUUACGAUCCAAACUGAUUCCCGCCAUAACCAAUAGAAGUACUCCAGGAGACAAGAUGAGAAUGCUUUUUGCAUUACCACCUCGACUAGGCGGCCUUGGAAUUGUAGAUCCACGUUCGUUGACUUGUGAGCUGGAAUACUCAAAGUUAAUUUGUGCGCCACUGGUCAACCGAAUUGUGCAACAAGAAACAAACCUGGAUAACGUUCCUACCAAGCAGAAUUCUAUGAAAGCUAGCAUUCGCCAGCAAAAACAUCUAGCACAAAAGUCUCAUUCUGAAAUCACUGUCAAUGAUCUAUCUGUGGAAUUGAAACGUUCAGUUGAAUUGGCCUGUGAGAAGGGUGCCUCCUGCUGGCUGACCGCAAUCCCACUAGAGCAACACGGAUUCACUUUGCACAAAUCUGCGUUUCGGGAUGCCCUGUGCCUCAGAUACGGUUGGCACCCGUCCAACCUCCCAGACAUAUGUCCAUGUGGAUCUAAAUUCUCAGUAGAUCACUCUCUGUCAUGUCCAACAGGAGGAUACCCCAGCAUCCGCCAUAACGAGGUCCGCGAUUUAUUUACCAACUUGUUGACAGAGGUUUGCCACGAUGUACACAAAGAGCCCGUUCUGCAACCUCUCAACGGCGAGGUGUUUCAAAAACGCUGUACUACCUCUGACGAAAAUGCCAGACUUGAUAUUGCUGUCAGUGGAUUUUGGGGUGGGCACUUCCAACGGACUUUCUUUGACGUCAGAGUCUUCAACCCUAAUGCCUCAUCCUACAAAUCAGUGCAGAUCCCGUCAUUAUAUAAACGGCAGGAACAAGAGAAGAAAAGGCGAUACGAGGAACGAAUUAAUAACGUGGAGCUUUCAUCGUUCACGCCAAUCAUUUUAGCAUGCACUGGAGGAUGCAGUAAACUGACGUCUAUUUUUUUGAAAAGACUAGCCUCACUUUUAUCGGAAAAGCACCACACCAAGUACAGCACAACUAUCAACUGGCUGAGAUGUCGACUGUCAUUUGCACUCCUUCGGGCCUGCGUGAUGUGUUUGCGAGGAUGCAGGUCCAAGCUUCACAGAACCUCAAGGGACUUCAACAUUCUGCUGGAAGCAGCAGAAAGUAGAUUAUAGAAGACUGUUUAUCUCAAAGUUGUUACAACCUAGAAACUUGUUGCUAUAGAGGAAGCUUUUACAUACAGUAGUAGUAUUUUGAAAAAAGUAGUAGAGAUUUUAUUACUAUUAGUAGUAGUAGUAGUAGUAGUUUAUUCAAGUAGUAGUAGUAGUAGUGUGUUAGCAGAUGCCGUUUGAUUGUUCAAAUACACCAGUUCUCUCAGUAGUAGUAGUAGCAGUAGUAGUAGUAGUAAAUAUAGAAAGAAAUAUGCUUGCUCUUCCUCCUAAACUUGGCGGUCUGGGAAUCAUCAAUCCUUCUUUAUGUCAAGAGUUUACCAACUCACAAAUGAUAACAGCUUCUUUGUUAAGACUCAUUCUUCAACAAGACACAGAUUUUCAUGAAAAUGUUCAAAAAGAACAGAAUCCCCUGUUAUCAGUUGUACGUCAGCAAUUGCAGAACAAGUAGAACAUGAAGUCCCAAAAGCUGUGAAGUGAUUCAUUGAUCUAGCAAAAGAGAAAGGUGCCUGUAUCUGGUUAUUAGUGCUUCGUUUGAUCAAACAUGACUUUUUGCUACACAAGUCUGCAUUUCGUGACGCGUUAUGCCUUAGAUAUGGUUGGUUGCCUCCUUGUUAAACUGAUACUUAUCUUUGUGGUAAAAAAUCACGAUUGAUCAUGCUCUUGCCUGUCCAACCGGUGGAUACCCAACAAUCAGACACAGCGAAGUACGCGAUCUUAUAGCAAUUCUUCUCUCUGAUGUUUGUCACGAUAUUGAAGUAGAGCCCAAGUUACAGCCCCUUCUGGUGAAAGUCUACCACAGCACAGCAACUCAGCUCGCUUAUAUGUGUCUGCAUGUGGAUUUUGGGGAGGUCUUUUUCAAAAAACUUCUAUGGCGUAAGAAUAUUCAAUCCUAAUGCUUCUUGUUACAAGUCUUCUGCAAUCUCUUCCUGCUACAAACUCCACAAACAAGAGAAGAAACGUUGCUAUGAAGAAAGGGUGAAACGAAUAGAGCAUGCCUCUUUUACUCCCCUGGUGUUUUCCUGUACUGGAGUAACUUCAACGUUUUUGAAAAGACUCGGGUUGCUACUGUCUCUGAAACAAACAUUGUCAACAGUACUUCCAUUAACUGGAUAAGAUGUCGCAUUGGCUUUGCCUUAUUACGCGCAUCCAUCAUGUGUCUCAGAGGCUGCAGAACAAGAACACCUAUCAACAAAGACAUACUCUUGGCUUUAGCUGAGAGUAGACUACCUUGCAGUUAAAUUUUAGAAUUAAAUAUGUGUUUAAUGUAAUUGUUUUUUGUGUGUUGCGUACAGUACCUUUGCUUAAUUAUUUAUCUUGUAUGAUAGAGUUUGAUUUUCAAGUACACCGGUUCUGUGAGUAGUAGUAGUAGUAUGGUUGUUGUAGCAGUGUAUUGCUGGUAUUGUAGUAGUUAAAAGCUAUAUCAAUAAAGUUGUUGUGUUCAAUAUUAGUAUUAGUAUUUCUGGUAGUAUUAGCAUUAGUAUUAACCCGCAGAAUUUCUGUAUUAUUAUCUUUGAAUGCCAAUUUUUACUACAAUGAUAUAUGUUGCUCAUUAAUUUGUCUUGUUUUUCAGCAACUGAAUUUCCACGGUCAUUGAAACAUGACCUUUCUCCUGAUGAAUUUCUCUAUGAACAGGACAACUCUGACAAAUUGAUGGAUGAUAUAGACAACAUGCUACGAGAUUUGAACAAAGAAUUGGAUGAUCUCAUACCUGGCAUAUAAUUGGUUCUGACAGGGAAAUCAUAAAUCAUAAUGGGGCUGGAGAUGGGUCAUUAACCCCUGCACAAAAGCGAAGAUCUUUUUUCAUUUAACUGAGCAGUUGAUCAAGGCCUGUGCUUUGUAUCAAUAUUUUAAUCCUGGUUCCACUUUGUAAUUCAGAAAAUCUUUUACAUUUAACGCCCGUGUAUUAGUUUAGCGAUUAAAGAAUGUUGUAUUUGUUGUCUCAAUUUGAUUUGUAUGCUAGAUGUUCAUGCAAACAACGUAGUGUCUGCAAUUGUUGUU